AGAAGAGAGUAAAGAAUGUUUCUCAUACCUUUCUUCUCCAGCUAUGCGCAAUCAACUACGGUUACUAUUGUGGCCGUUAUCAUGUGUGCUCUAUUCCAACAAACUUGCUCUGCUAAGGAUCACACAUCGUGUCCUCCUUCUUCAUGCGGCAAAAUCAGUAACAUAAGUUAUCCAUUUCGAUUGAAGGGCGAUCCUGGCGGUUGUGGACUUAAAAGGUACGAAUUGGAAUGCGUGAACAACGUGACUAUGUUGAGUCUGUUAGCAGGGAAAUACCAUGUUCGGGAGAUCGAUUACAGAAGAUACGAGAUUCGACUGACUGAUGCAGGUGUUCUCGAGGAUACUGCCUGCUCCUUUCCUCGCUAUUUCUUAUACAGCGAAAAUUUUUCUCACUAUCCCCCAACAGAUGUGCUAAGUACUACUGAUUGGUUUUACGAUGGGUAUCCAAGCAUAGUGUUGUUAAACUGUAGUAAUCCAGUUACUGAUGACCCACGUUAUGUGCAAAUGGACACGGAUCCUUGUCAUUCCGGAGCCGGUGGCCAUAUUUAUGCCCUUUACUCUUACCUUAGUCUGAUGGACAUGAAGUUUGGGUGUAGUCUUAAGGUUGCCACUUUAGCAAACUUGUUCAAAAAGAAGAACGGUACCCAUGUAGAAUAUGUCGAUGAUGUCGGGAACGCUUCCUAUGCUGAUAUCCGCAAGUGGCUGAAGGAUGGAAUUUGGUUGUCUUGGUUGAAUCAAGAUAAUUGUAGGGAGCACUGCAACGGAAGGGAAAUGGGAUGCUAUUUCAACCAAACCACACAACAAGUCCAAUGUAAUUCUGAACACUGCUAUUUCGUUAAUAACACAUGUGAUGGAGAUCUGCCACGGAUGGGUAAAUACAUACGAAGUCAGAUUCAUGGAAUUAUAAAAAGUAUUGUACUAUGUCUUUACGACAUUAUCUCUGGAUUGUGGAGUAGAAUAACAUCUCACGCGAUAGACAAUGAUAUGUUUGUAACAAUAUAUAUAGGAAGAAAUGUUAUACCAAUAUUCUUGUUAGCCAGAUUUGUCUUUGGGAUUACACUUUUGCUUGGACUAUUGAUUUAUAAGUGGCGACGAAGACAUUUAUCAAUGUAUGAAAGCAUUGAAAGUUUUUUGCUUGACAACGAUCUAAAUCCCAUAAGGUAUGAAUACAAAGAAAUUAAGAAAAUGACUGGGGGUUUCAAGGUUAAAUUGGGUCAAGGAGGUUUUGGUUCUGUAUAUAAAGGAAAGCUUCGAAGUGGUCCAGAUGUAGCAAUAAAGAUGCUGAGCAAAUCCAAAUCUGAUGGACAAGAUUUUAUUAAUGAGGUGGCUACCAUCGGAAGAAUACACCAUGUGAAUGUAGUACGACUAAUUGGAUAUUGUUUUGAAGGAGAAAAACGCGCUCUGGUUUAUGAAUACAUGCCUAAUGGAUCAUUAGAUAAAUACAUUUUCUCUAAAGAAGGAAGUGUCCCUUUGACCUAUGAGAAAACAUAUGAAAUAUCUCUUGGAGUAGCUCAUGGAAUUGCAUAUUUGCAUCAAGGUUGUGAUGUGCAAAUUCUACAUUUUGAUAUCAAGCCUCAUAAUAUUCUUCUAGAUGAAAACUUCAUUCCAAAAGUUUCAGAUUUUGGACUUGCAAAGCUAUAUCCUGUAGAUAAUAGCAUUGUCACUUUGACUGCUGCAAGAGGAACUUUGGGUUACAUGGCUCCGGAGUUGUUCUACAAAAAUGUUGGAGGUGUAUCUUAUAAGGCCGAUGUAUAUAGCUUUGGUAUGCUUUUGAUGGAAAUGACGAGUAGGAGAAAGAACUCAAAUCCUUGUGUAGAGUAUUCCAGCCAACAUUACUUCCCAUUAUGGAUCUAUGAUCAAUUUAAAGAAGAGAAAGAUGUUGAGAUGGAAGAUGCUUCUGAAGAGGAUAUGACUUUGACAAAAAGAAUGUUUAUAGUUGCACUUUGGUGUAUUCAGUUAAAACCUAGUGACCGUCCUUCAAUGAAUAAGGUAGUAGAAAUGCUUGAAGGGAAAAUUGAAAAUCUUGAAAUGCCUCCAAGGCCCUCUUUUUACCCAUAUGAAAUGUCUAGACCUAAUGUCAUAAACAGUUUUGACCAAACAACGACAUGGAGUGAUUCCACUAGCUCGGAUACUAAUCUUGGUGAACCUAUAAACAAUGCUAGACAUGCAUAAUCUAUGCAUCUUAAUUAAUGUUUAUGGUGACAAGUAGUAUAUCCAAGUUAGUCUCAAAUGCAAACUUAAUGGUGGCAAAACUUCUAAAUUAGUACCAAAUUAUUUGAAUAAUGUAUUAAUACUUGAUAGUGUUGAAAGUGUUUGAAAUUAUACUAGUUAGAUUACAUGGUAUUUACUUAAUGGUAUUUUGUAUGCAAUUUAUCGUAUGGAGAACUGUAUCUUGUUGUGAUUUAUGGU